AGGUGCUAGAAUGUUGGGUUACAUGAUAUACGGUUCAGUAAUGGCAAUGGGUCUCCAUCCAGUUGCAGGACACUUCAUUAGUGAGCAUUACAUGUUCAAGAAAGGCUAUGAAACAUAUAGUUAUUAUGGGCCUUUGAACUGGAUAACUUUCAAUGUUGGAUACCACAAUGAGCAUCAUGAUUUUCCUGCUGUGCCUGGUUCUAGAUUACCAGAGGUAGCUAACGGUCAUUAUGUUGAGUUUAUAUACAUUUUCUUUCAGGUCUUCCCUUAUUUCUUUCUACGAU